AUGCGGAUGAUUCUCGCCUUAUCCGCGAGUGAUAUGCACCGCAACGGUCUUAUAGUGCGAACGCCCGGCCGGCCCACGGCGGAGGAUCACGGUCGCUAUCACUACGGGUUGGCCGUCAAGGAAUUCCGCCAGUCCUUGGUGUCCCCGCGACAGGUCUCGCCCGCCGAGCUGGAGGCGAUCUUCGCGACCAUGUUUCUGAUGGUGACAUACGAAUGGCAAUACGGUCAUUGCGUGCGACAUCUAGAACUACAUUUACAAGGGGUGAAGUCGUUGCUGGAAUCUCACCCGGAGUUGUUCCAGAUCAAGGACGUGAAUAAUGUGCUGCUGUCGAUGGAGUCCGAGGAAUCGAACGAGCCGGAGUCUCGGGUGUCAUUCAUUCCCGAGCAACUAUUACUAUGGAUUCUCCUCAGGUAUAUCGAUGCGAGCUGUCAGCCCAUGGGGUUGUCCGAAUCGCUUUACGACUACGUGCUCCAGUCCGGGAACCCAGCCCUACAUCCGGACCGACUAUAUCGUUGCGCCCGUGUAUGGGGACGAUGCUUCUGGGGUAAACAGUACCCGGACCAGGAAGUAUCGGAUGACAUGGAGAAUUACCGGGCUUUGGAACUAUUACAUGCGGGCAUGUCGCUACGCCAUCGAACAUGGAAGUUGCUAUUCGACAACAUUCCCGAUUCCGGCUACCAGGCAGAGUCAUUCUUUAACGAAAUAAUGGCCGUCAGAGAUCCAAAUUCGCCGGCCCGGCCUCAAUGCGACGCACGUUAA